AUGGCUUCAACAAAUGGUGGGGUGCUUACUGCAGACCACGAGAUUGCGGGGCAGGGCACAGCGCAACAUCACCAGUCACAUCAGCGACUGCGGUUUGACGAAUUCAAGGUCGUGAGGACUCUGGGAACAGGAACCUUUGCGCGCGUAUGUCUGGUACGCCCAGCAUCGGAAGCAGACCAGGACAAAGUAUUCGCACUCAAGAUUCUGCGCAAAGCCGAGGUCAUUAAGCUCAAGCAAAUCGACCAUGUGCGACAUGAACGCGAGAUCCUGGCCGAUGUUGCUGGCCACCCCUUCAUCACACGGCUGAUGGCCUCCUUUUCCGACCGAGACUCGCUGUAUAUGCUCCUGGACUACGUGCCUGGCGGCGAGCUUUUUAGCUACCUGAGGCGACACCGGCGGUUUCCAGAAGAAUGGGCGCAGUUUUACGCAGCUGAGAUAGUCACGGUGCUCGAGUUCCUCCACGAGAAGCAAGGCGGCGUCGCGUACAGGGACCUAAAGCCCGAGAACCUACUCCUUGAUGGCGACGGACACGUAAAACUGGUUGACUUCGGCUUCGCAAAACGGCUGGGAAGUAAAGACGACCGGCCAGUUGAAACUUAUACGUUAUGCGGAACCCCCGAAUACCUUGCGCCCGAGGUAAUACAGAACAAGGGCCACACCACCGCCGUUGAUUGGUGGGCCUUAGGAAUUCUGAUAUACGAGUUUUUGACCGGGUACCCGCCCUUCUGGCACCAGAACCCUAUCGAGAUUUACAAGCAAAUAGUCGAAAAGCCCGUCAUGUUUCCGGCCGACCCUCCGAUUUCACACGACGCACAACACAUAAUCCGAUCGCUCUGCACCGUUGACCGUUCUCGCAGGCUGGGCAACAUCAGCGGCGGCUCGACCCGCGUCAAGGAGCACCCCUUCUUCGAUGGCAUCGACUGGAACGCCCUUUUGAACCAACAACUACGACCCCCUAUCAAGCCCCACGUGCGGUUUCCGGGCGACGCGCAGUGCUUUGACGUGUACCCGGAGGACGACGGCCAGCGCGAGCCGUACUCGGAAGAGACGGCGCAAAAGUACGACAAGUAUUUUGAGGGGUUUUAA